AUGGGUGUUCCCAAGUUCUUCAGAUGGAUGAGCGAGCGGUAUCCCGCCAUCUCGCAGCUAAUUGCAGAGAAUCGUAUUCCCGAGUUCGACUGCUUGUACCUAGACAUGAACGGGAUCAUCCACAAUUGCACCCACAAAGACACCGACGAUGCCAUGUUCCGAAUGACGGAGGAGCAAAUGUUCAUUGCUAUAUUCAACUAUAUUGAGCACCUGUUCGGCAAGAUCAAGCCCAAGCAGCUCUUCUUCAUGGCCAUUGACGGAGUGGCGCCGAGAGCCAAGAUGAACCAGCAGCGCGCGCGAAGAUUCCGAACAGCGCUUGACGCCGAGAAUGCCAGAGAUAAGGCGAUCAAGGAAGGAAAGGAGAUGCCCAAGGAGGAGGCAUUCGAUAGCAAUGCUAUUACCCCAGGUACGGCUUUUAUGCACAAGUUGACACAGCAAUUGAAAUAUUUCAUCAACAAGAAAGUGUCGGAGGACACUGACUGGCAGGGCGUUGAAGUUGUUCUAUCCGGUCACGAAGUCCCUGGAGAAGGAGAGCAUAAGAUCAUGGAAUACAUUCGGUUAGCCAAGGCGCAACCCGAUUACGAUGCCAAUAUUCGCCACUGUCUCUACGGUCUGGACGCCGAUUUGAUCAUGUUAGGUCUCUUGAGUCAUGACCCACAUUUCUGCCUGUUGCGAGAGGAAGUUACCUUUGGAAGACAGAGCAAGGCAAAAUCUAAGGAGUUGGAGCACCAAAAUUUCUAUCUCAUGCACCUUUGCAUUGUACGAGAAUAUCUGGAGUUGGAGUUUCAGGAGUUGAAAGAGCCUGGUGUGCUCUCUGCUUCUUUCGACCUGGAGAGGAUUAUUGACGAUUUCAUUCUGAUGGCGUUCUUCGUUGGAAACGAUUUCUUACCCAAUUUACCCAACCUGCAUAUCAACGAGGGAGCGUUGGCGUUGAUGUUCAAAGUCUACAAGACUGUUUUACCCAAGGCGGGUGGAUUUAUUAACGAGGGGGGUGUCAUUAAUAUGCAACGUUUGGCUAUGCUUUUGGAAGAGCUGUCUCAUGUUGAGUACCGAUUCUUCGAGUCAGAGAACUCGGACAAGAGUUGGUUCAAAGCUAAGCAGAUGGCAAAAGAAGAUGUCAUGGUCAAAGGGAAGACCAAGGCAAAGGUGACCAUGACCACGCCGCAGCGAGAGGUGUGGAAGCAGGUCAAGGCGUAUGUGACAAGUCGCUCUGAUCAGCCUCUGGAUCUGCCUGGUACUCUUCCGGCAGCAGACAGAAAGUUUGUCCAGGAGCUCGCCGAGAGUCUGCAUCUAGACUGGAAGACGGUGGAGAAUGACGAAGGCGAUCGUCAUAUGCAAUUGUCUUUCCCCCCGAAGCUAGAGGGAGAGGAUGAAGAUGGCGAGGAUGAAGAUGAGGAGUCUCAACUUGCUAUUCUGCGAGUCGUCAAGCAGUUUGACAAUGCAAAGGUUGUGGAUGUCUCAAAAGCAGACGCUCAAGCGGAGAUGGACCGCCAAUAUGAGGUCAAAUUCCAGGAAUGGAAGGAUACAUACUAUAAGGGCAAGUUCGAGUGGGAUCGAAACAACGAGACGGAGCUGACCAAGUUAUGCGAGAACUACGUCCAGGGUUUGCAAUGGGUUCUCCAUUACUACUACCGAGGAGUGGUAUCUUGGCCAUGGUAUUAUCAAUAUCACUAUUCACCCAUGAUCUCAGAUGUCAUCAAGGGCCUCAAUGCUGAUGUCAACUUCAAGCUUGGGCAGCCAUUUCAUCCCUACGAGCAACUCAUGGGUGUGCUUCCCGAUAGAAGUAAGACUAUCGUCCCAUCGGUCUAUCAUGAUUUGAUGACCAAUCCCAACUCCCCUAUCAUCGAUUUCUAUCCGAGAGAUUUCGAACUCGACAUGAAUGGCAAGAAGAUGGAAUGGGAAGCAGUUGUCAAGAUUCCAUUCAUUGACGAGAAAAGACUGCUUGCAGCCAUGGCGCCCAAAUAUCUACUCCUGAGCGAAGAUGAGAAGUUCAGAAACGAAUUCGGGGUAACGGUGAAAUUUACCCAUGAUCCGCAUGUCGACUUCAUUUAUCCUUCGUCUCUAGUUGGCGUCUUCCCUGACCUCCCACAUUGCCACUGCGUCGAGAACAUUUUUGAUCUGCCGACAAUUGAAGGCCUGGAAUACCACGUCGGUUUGAUGGAAGGUGUCAAGCUUGGUGAUGCGGCACUCGCUGGCUUCCCAAGUUUGGCGACACUUCCUUACAAUGCCACUCUGGGCUUCCACGGGGUCAACGUGUUCCAGCAAGAUAGUCGUAACGAAAGCAUGGUGGUGACUAUUGAAAACACGGACGAACGCACCAACGUCAAGACCGCUAUCACGAAGCUUGGUCAGCGAGUGUUCGUUGGAUAUCCCUUCUUGAACGAAGGCAAGGUAGUCAAGGUUUCUGAUGAACUGUUUGAUUACUUCCCUUCGGAGGAUGGUUCGUCUCAUGCAAUUCAGAAACCUCAUAGUCCUCACGAGAUCAACGAUUUUCAGAAGAAAGCCGAGAGAAUUGAGAAUAACUACAGUAAGCGUCUAGGCAUUAUUAUUGGCACCGUCGAGUCGAUCACGCAUGUAGAGAUGCUCAAGGGUCUGAGGAAGACGGACGACGGAGCAACGGUCAAGGAGUACGCUGUCAUACCUGGAAUGGAGACAGAUUUCGCUUCUCAGGUUAUCGUGGAUGAAGUUGCCUCUGAGGAUCAGAGAUUUAUCGAAAGAGCAGCUCUUCCCAUCGAGGAGGAAUUUCCUGCAGGCUCUCGAAAUUUCUUCCUUGGAGAAUUCAACUAUGGUCGACCUCUCGAAGUAACUGGCCACCGCGAUGGCAAGGCAGACAUCUGGCUCUCGAUCAUAAAAGGAAAGGAAGUUGAAUUUGGCAAGAACGUUGUCAAUAGCCAAUAUGCGCAAACAUCUUACACGCCAGCGUAUGCGGUGGCGAAGAUGCUAAAUUUGAACGGUCUUGUCUUGAGCAAGGUCAUGUCGUCUUUCUCCGUUUCAGCACUUGGCCUUCCCCGUCUCAACCUUGGACUCAAUCUGAAGUUCGAAGGAAAGAAACUGAAAGUCCUGGGCUAUUCUCGCAAGAGUGAGUCCGGUUGGGAGUACAGUAAUAAGGCGAUUAAACUUCUCACCGAUUACAUGACUCGAUUUCCCGAAUUCUUCGCUGGCAUUUCACGCAAUGCUCGUGCAAACGAAUAUGAGGAAACCGAUUUCUACCCAAAAGAGAUUGCCGGCGCGAAGAUCAAGGAGAUUGUCGCUUUCUUGAAAUCCAUUGAGAGCAAGAACUUUGAGAAGGUUCCUCUGGACGCGGAGCAGCUAGAUUCAGAUGUUGUCAUGGCAAUUGAACAGGCCUGCGAUUACGCCCUAGCGAAUGGGCCGAGUGUCGAAUUCCAGAAAUUGAAGGGUGUGCCUCGCAAUGCACUGAUGAAGCCCUCGGAUGCGGAACACCGUCUCGGGAACCAGAAGUUCGCUCUUGGCGACCGGGUGGUGUACAUCCAAGACUCUGGCCGAGUGCCGAUUGCAACUCGCGGUGUCGUCGUUGGCAUCUCUCGCACGCCGAGAACCACGCUUUUGGACAUAUUAUUCGAUGUCACUUUCAUGAGUGGCACUACUCUGGGUGAACGUUGCUCACCAUUCCGUGGUUCCACGGUCCCAGUUGCGUCCGUGCUCAACUUGACCAACAAGCAAGUCAUUGCUGGAUCCAAGGCUGCAGUGCAAAGACGCCCAGCCUCUACCAGCACACCAUUGACUGCCAACGGCGGCUACGGUGCUCCAGCAGGACCAGGCGGCCGAGGUCAAUUCCGCGAAGCCAGCGCUCCACCCCCCCUGAGAGGUUCCUUCCGCGGAGCCGUCGCAGGUCAGCAGAAUGGUGUCCAGCGCGGCAACGGAUUUGUACCGCGAGGUAGAGGCCGAGGUGGUUUCUCAAAUGACAGUGCCUCUGAUCCUUACAUGCCCGGUAUCGCAAUCAGAGGUGGCUCACCCCAUCUCAAUGGACGUGGCGGCAGAGGCGCCCUGAUGAAUGGUAACGGUGUCCGACGAGGUGGCGCACCUUCUGCUCCUCAAUCUUACAACGCCGUUCCUCCACCUUCCAGUAUCGACGCUCGCGGACGUGGCGGCGGUCGUGGUCGAGGUGGCAGAGGUCGUGGCGCGCCUAGAGGAGGACGCGGUGGAGCUGCUUCGGCAGAGCAGUCUUAA